AUGGUUGAUUCCCCAUCCGCUUUGGUGGAUGAUAAAAUCUACUUCAUUGGUGGCCGUGUUCCCGAUUCAAGCAGAACAUUCAGGAUUAGUAACCAAAUACUCUUAUUGAACCUGUCCGAGAGCUUUUACGUGGAUAACCCCCCGUGGAUAAAUGUUUCAUCCUUCCCUUAUGGUAUUUCCUCCGCCGCUACAGCAGUUGGCAACUUCGAGAGUAUAUUUUUAUUUGGCGGAAUAAAAGAAAACCUAACGACGCAUCUUGUAAAUGAUACCACUAGUUUACUUUAUAAAUUUAACACAAUACCCACUUCGAUAGUGGCUCCCGUUGUUUCAGGCACGCAACCUCAGAAUCGAAGAGCAUCGACAAUGAUAUUUGUUAAAAGUAUAGGAAAAUUAUGGAUUUUUGGAGGCCGCCAAGAUAUUCUAAUGGGCCUGAAUUUUACGUUAUUUAAUGAUGUUGCUCUAUUUAAUCCCGACUUGCUAAGUUGGGAUCUUCGAGGAAGUUUGCCCGAUAGUCCCAAGCCGAGAGCUCAUCAUACUGCAACUCUACUCAAAAAUGGGAUAAUCGUUAUCCUGGGUGGAGUAGAAGAGCAAAAUGAAACCGUCCCAAUUGAUAUAAAUCUGCAAGCGACAGGCUCACUUGUUGAACCUCGUUCAAGUCAUACCGCGGUUCUAACUGACGAUGAUAAGAUAAUUAUAUACGGAGGCUGGAAAACCUGGAGAGAAAAUAACACGACACCAACUCCACUUAUAGCUAUACUCGAUACUUCCACAUAUACCUGGUCUUCCCCUAAAAUUACUGGGGAUAGCCCACCUCUUCAAUCUCACGUGGCUCAUCUCUAUGCAAAUUACUUGAUUUUAGCAUUUGGAAACAUCACCAACGUUAAUGGGCCUCCAACUGAUACAACUAACAAAAUAUAUCUAUUGGAUAUCAAAAAUUUUACUUGGGAGUUAUGA